AUGUCGCCGUCGGUAGGUGGCCAUCCAGCCAAAGGUUCGGACGAGCCGAAUCGAGGCGCAUCGUCUCCGCCUGCUGGCCUCCUCGAUCUCGACCUCGACGAGCUGUCGCCACUUCCGCCCGCAGAGGGCUUUGCCAACAGCAGAUCAGCUUCAACCGACCGGCUUGCCAGCCUUCAGCAGGAUGACAACUCGCAAUCCCGGCGUCUCAACGCGGCAGCUCCGUCGCCCGCCCUCAGCGCUGUCUCAUCAUCGUUCCGCUUGGAGGGCUCCCCAGUCGCAGCAACCAAAACCCCACCUUCUCACGCCCAGAAUGCCUCGCAAAGUCCCUUCGCGAAGCCUCGAUCCGACGCGACAAAGCAUCAACACCAAUCACACCAGUACAAUGCCCGUAAAACAUCCUUCGAGGCGGCAGAGGCCCCGCCUGCUCGCUACGUUACCGUCUCCGCCAUUCUUUCCCGAUCCGAGAUGUACUAUCCUCCCGAGGCUUCCGAACACUGGAACAUCCUUCGGUCGCCGGAAGGCAUGCCUGCCGAUGCCAUCCGGUCCACAUCGCAGUCCUCGUGGCCGACAGCUCUCGGACAUCAGCACAAUGGCCCGCACCGUCGCCAGAGUCAACGCAAGCGUCCCAGCAACGGAAGUGCCAUCGAGGCUCUCGGCGCUCUCUUGCUGCGCAAGGACAGCUCCGGUCGCGUCGCCACCCUCUCCUUUGCCCGCAAGGACAAGGAAGGUGUCCACCAGAAGCACGGCGCUACAACGCCCGGCAACGACCCGCGCGCACCUACCUCAAAGCACAGCAUCCAGUCCUGGGCCAAUGCGCUAGGCUCGUUGGGCAAGACAGGCCUGCACCUUCAGCUACCCCAAGACCCGGCGACCAAGACCCAGCCGUCAAAGCAAGGCUCGACAAUCGCCGAGCGCAGAGCCCACAUGUGGCAUCAGGUCCUCACCCGUCAAGGCGCCGUCGUCGAACACGGCCACGGCGGCUUCUCCAAAGUGCGCAGCCGACGCGGCGGCCUCACCUUUGAAGUCGGCAACGUCCGCCGUAAGGAGACUUCCGCUACGCUCCUCGAUGCUGAGACCUACCGACCCAGCCGACCCGCUGCCCAGGGCCCAGCUGCGGAUGAAGAUCACGAGCCGCGGACCGCAAAUGAUGGUCCGGCCAGCUCGGAUCCCUUCUCACGCAAUGACUUUGGCAGAUUGCCAGGCACCAUCAUGCUCAAGGCGGGUCGUAGACCCCGUCUCAACCAAACUUCCAAGUCCGAGUUUGGCAUCGGCUCAGCCUAUCACGACGCCGACUUGCCCGAAGCACCUCCCAGCCCCGUCGCCAUGCCGGGAGCGUGGCAAGGUGGCUCAUCGUGGCGUUCCAAGCCGGGUGAUGGCUACGAAGAGGGCGCAUUGCUGCUACCGCCUCCCUUGCUCGACGACCACGGCAGCGACGCUACGAGCUUCGAAGGCCUGCUCGGUGUGAAGCGCAUGCGGGAAAGGGAAAAGGCCCGCAAACAGGCAGAAAGGUUGGCGGCACGCAACCGUCCUGCCCACAAAGUUGGCCCGCUGACCGCGCUCGCCAACUUCGUCAAAGCAGCACACGCCGCCGAUACCUCAGCAAAGCGCUCGAGAGGUACCGCGCGUCAGCAGCCGCCCACGUUUUUCCGCAGCUUCACAGAGCCGCAGCUGCGCCCACAGCGUUCAGCCUCCAUCGCGAGCACGACGGGCGACACAACUGCCAAGUCGCCUCUUGUCAGAGCUUCAGUCACCACAAGUGAUGCGCAAGCGAAAGACGCUCGAGACACGGAACCAGACAUCACACUGAACGGCAACACAGCCGAGUCUCUGGCCGCAACUCCGACAAUAGCAGACGGGGACCUCCGCAAGAGUCCGGCUGUGGCAGCAGCAAGCCCUUUCCUUUCUCCAGCAGCACGUAGAGCCGUGCUGUCACGGCGCGGAUCGCGGACCAAUUCGGUGGAUGCAGCAGGCCGUCAACUCAACACGGUCUUCGAGUUCGAGCCCCUCGACCCGGCUCAGAUCCCAGACGAUGAGCUGGCGUCGCCCGACCUCCCGCCCAUCUCGUCACCGCUUCUGCGUCCUUCUUCCGCUGGAUCCAGCAAAGCGAGUGCCCGCGACUUUCCGGUCGCUCCGAGGCUGUUGCCAGUCCAGCUCUCCAUGCCUCCGUCGCCGUUCACGCCAUUGGCCAUCGACCCGCGCGGCGACUACCUUUCGGCACGCAGUCUGCACUCGGCGCCCCGCACGCCGCAGCUCGGACCGACCAUGCUCAGUCUGCCGCCGUCGCCAUGGACCCCGUACCAGGAUGCAGCAGCCGGCACUGCCUCACCCAUGAUCCAUCUUCGCCUCAACACGAGCACCACAUCGCUGCGCACUGCGCCAGGCACGCCCAGACUUGUGCCUACGCAUCUCGAGAUCAUCCCGUCUCCGUUCCCGACUUCGGCGGCAUCGCGACGGGGCUCGCUCACCUACGAUAGCCCGCACAGUCUGCGUGCAAUCGGGCUCGCCAAAUCGCCGCUGGCUCAAGCUAUCGCCGACCCAGCGAGCUCGGAUGCGAAUGGCACGCAGAAGAUGGUCGUUCUGACGGAAGAAACCGCAGCCAAAAAGUCAAGCCAGGUUGCCAAUGGCGUAGACACGCUCCGGCUGACACCGUCUUCGAUGCUCAUCGAAGCUCAAUCCUUCAACUCACUGAACGCGCAGGUCAAUGCCGCCAACGCCCUCGCCGAAACACCAGGUACGCAGCAAGCAUAUGGCACCAACAACGAAGAGCAGAACGUGCAAGAAUGCGAAACGGAGUCUCCCUCGCAGCGACCGACUCCGUCGCGACGGAACACUGUCCACGUCGACUCUGCCGGCCGCCAACGCUCCUUUGUGCUGUGGUUCCUGAUCGGAGAUCUCGGGCUGCGCAAUCGACCAUCGGCGGACAAGGUCAGCGAUGCCGACGUCGAAGCAGACUAUGGAGGCAUGGUUGCGGUUCUGGUGCAUACGGUGGGAUUGGUCGUGUUCGUGACAGCGCAUUUGGUGGAUCUGGCAUACUCGACGUACGAACGCGUCUCGCUCACUCUGUGGUUCCUGCGCUGGAUGGUCUACAACCUCGCGGGACGCACGGUGCUGGCGCAGUGCGUCGUCGAGGCGUACGGCUUUAUCCAGGUAGAGUGGGCCACAGUCGCAAUGGAGGACCACGAGGAGAAAGGUUCCAAGAAGGCCACAGACGCAGAGGGGCAUCGCAAGCCCAAGGGUCUGUCUCGCUGGCAGGUGCUGCGCGGUCUGCUCGAGCUGUACUGCUUGCACAGCGUGACGCGCGAACGCUACCUUGCCGAGGGCGCCGGUCUGCAAAAGCUAGAGGGAUGGGCUAGGCCGGUGAACCGCGACCGUCAGGACGGCACCGACGGCAAGAAGAGGAGCAACCUGCCACGUGGUUCUGAGCGGCUCGAUAUCGGCGCACACCGCGCAGCAUCGAGGGCUGCGCUGGGCGGAAAGCGUAACGAAUGGGCGCAGCACGAUGUCGAUACCAUGGGUCAGCUUGACGGAACGUUCAAGGAAUUCUCCUCCCUGGCUCAGCCCGAGAAGCGCAACAGCUACACCGCAGACGAGACGAACGAAGAAAUACGGAACGAUGACGGAGAAGCCGACGACAGCAGCGACGACGACGACGAAGAGAUGAUCGUCACGAAUCGCGGAGACGACAUCCUCGAGUUCGCCAAGACGCCCAGACUGGAUCCGGCACGACCGGAUCACGCAAGCAGCGGCUACUUUGGCCGUGCGUACGACUUCAUGACGUCGCCGCAGGUUGGAGCUUCGCACCCUGGCGCGGUGCAGCGCGAUUUGCGACCGUUCAAGGAGACCAAUCGCGACCUGGUGCGGACGAUCAAGUGGUGUGGCCGGCUGGCGAUCUCCGCGUACGGAUUGCACGUGCAUAUUGUGGAUCUGCCGCCCACCUUCACACCCUCUGGCGAGCGCUUUUCGCGCCAGACGUUUGCGUAUCUAUCUCGGCUCAAUGCCGAUGAUGUGCUGCACGCCGACAUUCAGACGCUGGACGCGGACGCCGACUACAGCCCGACGUUCUACGUGGUGCGCGACUACGUGCGAAAGGUGGUCUGCGUGGCAGUGCGGGGCACGCAGUCGUUCUCGGACAUCAUUGUCGACCUGGAGCUGCAGACCGAGGAGAUCGAGCUGCCACAGGUGCAGCCCACGCCGGGCGAGGAGUUCCGCUGCCAUGCGGGCAUCUGGCGUGCCGCCAAGGCGCUCGUCUCGCCGCAAAGCAAGCUGUUCGCCACGCUUCGACAGGCGCUGGCGGAGAACGACGGAUUCGGCGUCAUGUUCUGCGGACACUCGCUGGGCGGUGCGAUUGCGAGUGCGGCUGCGCUGUUGCUCGCCGAGUACUUUAUCCCGGACGGCGCCGAGCCCGACCAGGGCACGUGGGUGACCAACAUGUCGUCGGGACUGCCGGCGAGGAGGCCGAUCCGAGCGGUGAGCUUUGCGAGCCCCGUCACUAUGACGGCCGACCUGGCAUCGAGGGCGGCGCUGGGCUCGGUGCCGUUGGUGACGACGGUGGUUCUGGGCAGCGACGUAAUUCCACGCGUGGGGCACGGUCAGGUCCGAGAGCUGCGUCGCGUUCUAGGAGCGCUGGCGCGCGUGCGACGGCGACACGCCAUGGCAUCGUCCGAGGGACAGGAGGAUGCCCGGGUACACAUCUUGCGCAGCUACUGGGACUGGCGUUCCAUUUCGCAGGCAGAAGAUCCGGACGACGUGAUGCUGCACCGCAAGGAGCGGAUCGAGGAGCAGCUAUGGUCGCUGCGCAGGGAGGUGGAGAGCGACCUGUACGCAGCGAUCAAGGCGCGGCUCGACGGCGGCAGCAGUGGCGGUGCGAGGAUCCCGCCGUCGCCCUGGGUCGGACCGCAGCAGAGAGAGCAGGCGCCAUUGCAUGCAUUGGCGACAAGGAGGCAGGAGCUCGACUCUGCGACUUUGAGGUCCGAGGCUGCUCAGGGAGGGCCAUUGGUACCACCAGGGCGUUGUAUAUGGAUCGAGGGAGGCCAGCUGUAUGCGGUUCAGAGCCCGCUGGCGUUCUUCAGCCUGCCGGAGCUGAGAGGCGAUAUGUUUGCGGCCCACUUUCCAGCUGCGUACGAAGAGGCGAUUCUCGAUCUGCACACCUAG